UUUUUUUUUUUGCUCAUAACCGACUCCAACCUUGAAAUUGCAUUUUUGUGACAAAAUUAUCGAACUUGGACUGCAACAAGAAAAACAUGAUGACACUCUACCAAUGAUUCCAACGAAAUUAGUGGCCAUCCUCUUAUUUUCCCCAUUGUUUUCUCCACGUUUCACUCUCCAAGAAAUCUGUAAACUCGUCCCACCCUCCACCCAUUUUGCCACUCCUCAACCCCCACACACCCAUUGCCAAAGGUUCUCUAUUUUUUUGCUCCCUUCCCACAUUUCCAUAACUUCUCUUUCAGUCUCUCAAAUCCUCUGAACCAUAACCAAAACUACUAAAAUUAUUCAUUUUGUUUGUCCCAUCUUUUUUCCCACUACCCAAACAAGGCUAGCAUUCUCCUUUCUCCUCUAAACAAAGCCUAUAAGCUUCCUCAUUCUUCUUGGUUUUAGGGUUUAGCUCUAUGAGAGAUGGACCCUGGAGAGCUACGUCGAGUUUUUCAAAUGUUUGAUCGAAAUGGGGAUGGAAAGAUAACGAAGAAGGAGCUUAGCGACUCAUUAGAGAACUUAGGCAUAUUCAUACCCGAUAAAGAGCUCAUCCAAAUGAUAGAGAAGAUCGAUGUAAAUGGAGAUGGAUAUGUUGAUAUUGACGAGUUUGGGGCGUUGUAUCAGACGAUAAUGGACGAGAAGGACGAGGAGGAGGACAUGAGGGAAGCUUUCAAUGUGUUUGAUCAAAAUGGUGAUGGGUUCAUAACGGUGGAGGAGUUGAGGUCGGUGUUGCAGUCACUCGGGUUGAAGCAAGGAAAAACCCUAGAAGAUUGCAAGACGAUGAUAAAGAAGGUGGAUGUGGAUGGGGAUGGGAUGGUCAAUUACAAGGAGUUCAGACAGAUGAUGAAGGGUGGUGGUUUUGCUGCCUUGGGUUGAAGCUAAAAAAAGAAAAAGAAAAAUAAAAAAGAAAGAAAGAAAAUAAAAAACAAUAAAAAUGAGAUUUUGGGAAAAAGAGAGGGGGAUGAGGGAAAUUUUUGUGGGAGAGACUUGUUGAUUUUUAUACUCUCGUCUCAUUCUUUUAUAUGUUGCUUUUGAUGAUUUUAGUUUUGAGUCGAGUGUCUCUCUGAUACUUAAGCUCGUGGUCCCAUUAUUGACCACAUUUUUACGAUUUGAUUAGUACUUUUUGUGUAUAGAUGAUUUAUGAAAAAAGUUUGAUUAAUUUGAUGAUUGCAGUCACAUAAUUUUAUCUCGUCUUUAUUUUUUUAUUUUUUUUAUUUUUUAAAAAAAGAUAGAUGAUAUUUAUAUUUUUGAAAAUAAUUUUUUUAUUUUUUUAAAAACAAAUAUGAUGAAUCAUGUAAUUAAAAUUAUCUAAUUUAUUUGACUAUUUCAUCGAUGCUACACAUAAUCCACAAAA